AUGCCAAAGGAGUUCUUGAGCGCGUUGCUCAAGAGGCGCUCCGACGUCGACGACGCCGCGGAGACCUGGGAGUCUGCGCCGUCGCAGUCCAACGCGGACGCCUCCCACUUGUCGGGCCUGAAGUUCGACGCGCCGAGCGCGAAGGAGUGGCUGAAGCAGCUCGAGCCGACGCCGGAGGAGGACGCCCUGGCGGGCGCUCUCGCGGACGGCCUGGCCGAGCGGGCGCAGGAAGGGCCCGAGGCGCACGUGCCGCGCGCCCUGACGGAGGCGGACAAGGAGCGCCUGCAGCAGCUGCAGGACUCGCUGAAGGCCCUCAAGCUGGACAUCUCUGAGCAGCGCGACGAGCUCAGCAAGGAGAGGCAGGAGAUCGACCGCCGCCAGGCCGAGCUCGCAGACCGCGAGCGGGCGCUGGAGGAGGAGCGGGACAACCAGGAGCGGCGCGAGGCCGUGCGAAGAGACUACCCGCAGCCGGAGUGGUUGGACAACCUCGAGGGCACGAUAAACGUGGGUGUUGUCGGCAACUCCGGGGUUGGGAAGUCGCUCCUCAUCAACAAGCUGCGCAGGGUGCGGCCCCACGCGGACGGCUGGGCCCCCCGUCGGGGUCAACGAGACCACGGAGCGGCCCACCGUGUACUGCUUCCCAGGGCAGCCGAGGGUGCGCCUCUGGGACGUCCCGGGCGCGGGCACGCAGGCGGUGCCCAGCGACCAGUACGUGCAGAGGAUGGGCCUGCGGUACUUCGACAGGGUGGUUAUCGUGUCCGCGGGUCGCUUCACGCAGAUGGAAGUGGAGCUGCAGGCGGAGCUGGAGCGCCACUCGGUGCCGUUCUACAUGGUCCGCACGAAGGUGGACAUCGACGUGUGGAACAACCGGGAGGACAACAAUGCGAACGAGGCAGAGACGCUGAAGCAGAUCAGGGAGGACGUGCUCCAGAAGGCGGGCCUGAAGCAGGUGUUCCUCGUGUCCGCCCGGGACCCCGAGAACUGGGACAUGCCGUUGUUGCUUAA